CACAGGCAGUCACCCCAUUGGUUGACUGCAUCACAUGAACAACUAACUUUGUACACUUGACAGCAAGUAGGAGGGUUCUUAUGGAACAGAAAAACGACAACGCGAGAAAAAUUAGUAUUUUGCACUUCAGAAAUUAAUGACCAUGAGUUCGUUUUUGAUAAACUCCAACUACGUUGAGCCAAAAUUUCCACCUUGUGAGGAAUAUUCUCAAAAUAACUACAUACCAAGCCAGUCUCCAGAAUACUACGAGCGGCCGCGGGACACUGGAUUCCAUCAUGAGGCACUAUACCCACAAUCAAACUACCCAGAGCCGACCUACAGCUUCAACAAUGUCCAAGGCAGUGGCAACCGAGACAUGUCGCAAAGAGGUCAUGUGCAGUCGCAGGCUAGUCUCCAAAAUCACAUACCGAGACAGAAUCAGCUUUGUGAAGUGGUCCCAGUAGCCACACCAGCUUUGUGUAGCCAGAACGCGAAAAUCCCCACUACCCAGAAAGGUACUCCCAGCAAAGAGCCUAUAGUUUACCCGUGGAUGAAGAAAAUUCACGUUACCACCGUGAACCCAAAUUACAUUGGAGGGGAGCCCAAACGGUCUCGAACUGCUUACACCAGACAGCAAGUCUUAGAGCUGGAGAAGGAGUUCCAUUUUAACCGUUACCUAACCAGGCGUCGACGCAUUGAGAUUGCACACACUCUUUGCCUGUCUGAACGCCAGGUGAAGAUCUGGUUUCAGAACAGAAGGAUGAAAUGGAAGAAAGAUCACAAACUACCUAACACUAAGAUGCGUUCUGCUAGCUCAUCAUCUUCUGCCAGCCAGCAAUCACAAGUAUCCUCUCAUGGCCCUCAGCCAGAUGGUUCAACACCAAAUUCAUCAAGUCUAUAGCUGAUUCAAGUCUCCAACCCCUCUCCCACAACAUAGUUUGGACCAAAAUGUGUUUCCUACAUAACAAAACUUGAAUAUGGAGCGAUUUCGUGCAGGGUACAUGUUCUUAACUCCAAAAGAGACAGACAUUUAUAUUAUGUUAACCCAUUCUUCACGGACUCUCAGAGCCUUUCUGUAUGAUUGGGUACAUGUUGUAUCCUCCAUUACCUCACAGUAACCGUUGUUGGGGUUUGUCAGUGUGCUUUCUUCCUCCAUGAAACCCAAAGCAAAAUGAGCAACAGACAUUGAAUAAUAGAUAUUGUGGAGAACUGUAAGCGUCAUUAUUUCAACUUGUGUAGUCUGUUGGAAUAUUUUGUGAGGUCUGUAAGAAUAAAUCUGUUUUAGUAAGCGAGGGAGACAGCAAUAUGAUUUUGUGGAUAUCGGAUAAGUGUUAAACCGAAUGAAACUGUCCAAAUGCUACAUAUAGGAAAUAAAUUAUGUCACCAGCGUUAUUUAAGGUGUUUUUUUAUUAUUAUUUUAAACAUGUAUCCUCUAUAGAGUUAUGGUACCGGAAUCAGUAUAGCAAAUGUUAAAGCAGAGAUUUCAGGCGAGUUGUAUAUUUAACAAUCUUGGUACAGUCCAAACUGUGACGAAACCAUACAAAUCAUUGGUAAGAUUUGUGUAUAUUUCUGUGGAUAUUUCAGUGUACUAUGUGCAGUGCCAAAUGUUGCAAAAGCAAAAGACACGAGCUGCAGUGUAAAAGAAAGCCCGUAAAUUUAAAUAAAAUAUUAAUUCAUGGAACAUCACAUUUCUUAUGUGUACGAUUUACUUCGUGUCAGGAUUUAACAAAACAGUAAUGUCUUCUACUCCAAAACGUGACUAUGCAUUUCAAUGCGUUAUAUUUUUGUUUAUAUUGUUAUUUUCAAAAUAAAAAGCAGCUCUAAAACUCUGCUGCAAAAUAUCUUGCGUGGUUCUGAAGAAUAAAUGGGUGAAAGAGGAUGAGUUACUGCCUGGAUCCACAAUUCGUCUUUUGCAGCUUUUCCACAUCAAUUUCUACGUCACCAAGUCGUAAAUAAUGCAGUAAAAUGUGAAGCGAUUAAAUAAUAAGUGAUCUAUGUGGUGAAGAGCACAGCCUUUUAUAGCCCCGAAUGUUAUAUUUGAAAUCCUAGAAUACAGUAUAAUUGUGUUGCUUUCUUAUGUAGAUAGAUAAACGUUGUAUCUUGUUGUGUUUUCUCACACAAUCAAACAUUUAGAGUAGUAAUGACUUUCAAAUAAAAAGAUAUACAAAAUCAA